CUUGAUGAAUAGUGUGGCGGAGUGGCACCUGCGUAUGCGUUCUCUAGUGUACUGUUACCAAGGGAGGGGGAAAUCAGCCUAGUGGGCGGAUUGUCGGGCAUUGUCCAAAGGAAUAUUAGUGGUUGUCUGCGUCACUAGGCCACUGGUACCAAUUGAAAAGGAAAUAAGUUAUCGAAGCGGUUGUGAUUUAAAAGAGAGACUGGAGUCGCAAUGCUUAGAAGUUCAAAGAAGUUUGUACGAAAGUUUGAGACUGCUUAGUUCUUUCUAUCUCUCAUUCAGAAACUUUCAACAGUACACUCAACGUUUUUGUUAAGUGGCCGCAGUACGUACAUUUCGUUUUAGUUUGCAUAUUUGAGCAGUAUUCUGUGAAAAAUUAGCAUGUUUGUGUCUUUGGAUGUCUUGCCUGCAGUGCUAUUAUUGAGUCUUCAAUUUUUCGUGGCGACCUCUUCUGGUUCCAUCAAACUUAAAACCCAAAUGAAGAUUGCACAAUGUCGAGCCAACUGUCUUGACCAGUUUCAUCAAAAUACAGAGCCACGAAAGUCCUACAAUGAAUCACCAGACUGCAAAAUGUGUUGGGAAACUUGUGAAUUGCUGCACAGGAAUUUUGAUGUUUGGGGGUCGAUGUGCGGUGCCUCUGAUAUCUGUUUUCUCGGCUGUCAGAAAGCUUGUGCCUUUCAUCUUGAAGGAAGUAAAAAUAACUUCGUGUCGCAUUCAGCCCAAAUAUGGUCCUUUCCUCAUACAGUUCGCGUGAAAAUUGAAUCUAAGACUGACUACAUAAAUUUCACUUGGUCUGUCCCAGUUUCUUCGAAACCAUACAACCCAGGACACGUCAUAUACGUUGUGAUGAUGAGAGAAGAUCUAAGAAAAAGCUGGGAAGUUUUGGAUCAGACUUUGAAAACAACAGCACAAAUCAAAGCCGGUUGGUUAAAUCGAGUUUCUGAAGUUAAGAUCGUUGCUAUGACGUCAAAUGGAGUUCUCGCAGAACAACUAAUUCCAUACUCUUCAAACCACGAGAAGCUUAAAGCUCGAGACGAAGCGGAGACUGUUUUGAAAUCAACACUUUCUAUUUUAAGAGUAAACGAAAAAGGUGUCGAUGCAUGGAGACCUACCUUACUUUCCUUAGAUUACAAUCCUAACCUCCUUGGUGUUGAAGCUAUCGUCACGUGGCCAGCUCUUCGGCCAAUCGGGGCUAUCAAGUACGAGGUCACAUGGAAAGUUCUGGAUAGUUCAGUGGAAAUUACUGGACACUUGUACACAGCCGAAAACGUUGUCAAGCUAACCCUGUGGCCAGAAGCAUUAUAUUCUGUGCAGGUUAAAUGUUACGCUGAGUCUAAAGACGGUGAGUCGGUCAGUGAAGAUAUAGUAGUGGACACUCAUGAUGUCAUAUCACGUGCAACAUCGAACUUACAGGAAAGUUCAGGAUGUUCGAGAGUGGAAUUAAUCAUCGGCUGUGCAGCAGGAGUUUCCUUGAUUUUAUCGCUCCUAAUGGCUUGCAGUAUGUGUAAGAAUUCUUGUCUUACAAAGCGUCGUUCUCGACCAAUCCAGAAAAUAUCGGCUCUUCACAGAAAAAGGAGCGAGGAGCCACGUGCUUAUUCACAAAAACGCUUGUCUUCACUAGAAGGCAGGACCAGUCCAGAAUCUUCCAAAGAAAUGAGCAGUCACGUGAUAUCCAUUGGAGCUGGACCAUUGAGUGCCGCUGGAGAGUUUCGAAAAGACAUUAUAAAGGAAAAGGGAUUCCCGCCAAGUGUUUUCACCUUUGGUCUGUCGAAUCUGGAUAAUUCUUCCUCUAAGUCACGGAUGUCAAAUGUUUGAUAUGCAACACUUAUUUGCCGCUAGUCGUUAAUUUUCUUCGUCUAAACAAAAUUCGUAUUGUACGAGGAACAACAAAAGUUCAAACCAUCUCGAAAGAGCUAAUUUUUAAACUAGAAUUAGUUUCGGUGCAACGAAAUUUCGAAGUAGAACUUUGAAAACAUUAAAUAACUGAAAUGUCUUAUGCCGGGUUGUACAGCGAAGGCAACUUAAUCAUUCAUGUUUUGUUUUUAGCCACUUUACUCAACUGUAUUGAGAUAUACUCUUUGUAAUUGUUUCACUCGUGCAUAUAUGGUACAUAAACACAUGCACAUUUAUAUGUGUAUAUUGUAUAUGAUCUAGGAAGACGAGUGAAUUACCAAGAAACUUCAUAUGUUUCAGUUACUGUUUAAGCAAUACGAAAAUUCUUUUGAAUGAAAAUUAUCAAGAUUUAUUAUAGAAUGCAAAAUAUCCCAUUUUUUGUAUUUUUGGUUUCAGUGAACAAAUGACGUGAACAAGUGACUGUUUUCUGGUAGUAUAUUAUUAAAUGUUAAUAUGCGUUGUACAAAAGAAAACUAUUUAUUUCUAUA